UCCUCCUUCUUCACUUACCAGAGGAGAGAGAGUCACUCCCAAGCUUGAAUGGAAGCUGCAACAACAGCUCAAGAAACAAUGGGAGCACCAGCAAUAGUGUAGUAUCGAUUUGUUAGCUUGUUUACCUCCUCAAGUUCCUGCCUUUAUUGGGAACAAAGGCAAUAUGCAACACCACCAUAGCCAGCCAUGUCUGUCAUUGCACUUCUACAAAAAGCUGCUCAAAUGGGUGCUGCAAUAAGUAAUGCUCCAUUACCUAGAGCAAGCAAUGAUGACAUGAUGGAGCAAGCAAUGAUAACAUGAUGAAGGUGGAGGGGAAUUUGUCGGCUCGGAAGUUGGGGGAUGGGGCUGCCUUUGGAAGGUGAAGGUGAAGAGGAAUUAGUCGGCGGAGGAUGGUUGUAAGGUUAGGGUUUGAUGAAACAAAGUUUUUUUUUUUUCUUUCUUUCUAAUCUCAGCCGUUGUUGAGAUCCAACAACUGAAAUUAUGGGGUGCAGAUUUUUAAAUUUUAAAAAAAUUGAAAUUGGGGUAUACUUAUAAAUGUUAUGUUUUAGGCUGAGAUUUAUUUAGAAUGGGAUGUAGUUACUUAAGGGAGACACUGACGCCCUUCUCCCAGUUUUCCUUCUCUAGUGAAUUCGAGAAAUACCAGAGAGAACAACCCAACACGAAAGGGGAACACCACAACGUACGAUAGAAAAAAGUAAUCAAGUGCAGCAAUUGCGAUUCUGCACGAAAAUCGUCUAUGGACACGCCACCGUCGCCGCCGUAUCCGGCAUCGCCUUCAAGUUCCAUAGAUGGCUCGAGGGAGCUCCAGUGCGUCGGCAGACUGGAAAUUGUUCGACCCAAACCCGUCGGCUUCCUCUGCGGCUCCAUUCCCGUCCCAACUGACAAUUCCUUCCACUCCUUCAACUCUGAUCUCGUUCCUUCUGCCCAAACGGUGAGUGCUCCACGAUAUAGGAUGCUUCCGAACGAGACGGACCUCAAUAUGCCUCCGGUUGUCUUGAAUUCUCCAGAGAAAGUUCUUCCUCUUGGUGCCUUUCAGUCUAAGACCUCUGGAGAAUUAACAUGGGAAGACAGUCCUAUUUCAUCGAAUAUUACAAGGAAAUGCGAUGCCCUUGCUGUAUCGGGUUUGGUGGAGUAUGGAGAUGAGAUAGAUGUGAUUGCUCCAGCUGACAUUGUAAAACAGAUCUUUAAAAUGCCAUAUUCCAAAGCCCGGCUGUCAAUUGCCGUUCGUCGUAUUGGACGGACUCUUGUUCUGAACACCGGGCCUGAUGUCGAAGAGGGAGAAAAGUUAGUUAGAAGACACAAUAGUCAAUCAAAUUGUACAGAUCAAUCUUUAUUUUUGAACUUCGCUAUGCAUUCAGUCAGAAUGGAGGCUUGUGAUUGCCCACCAACUCAUCAGUCUCCACCAGAGGAGCAAUCUAACUCAUCUGUCCUUUGUGGAGGGGAUGCAUCCCAGUUCAUGAGAGAGAUAAAUGAUGCUUCGCCAACUGAAGGAUUCAGCUGUCAUUCAGAUUAUGCACAUGUCAAACAAGAUGAUUUCUUUUGGCGAGGCAAGAAGAAAAAUAGAAAUAGGGGUCGUGAUCCUGUAAAGAAAGCUUCACAUAUCGGUGAAAAGCCCAGAUUCUCAGUGAAAGAGUCUGAGAAAUACAAGAGAGUCAGGAAUGAUGAAUUUCUAAGGGUUUUAUUUUGGCAAUUUCACAAUUUCCGGAUGCUUCUGGGUAGUGACUUGCUGUUGUUUACUAAUGAAAAAUAUGCUGCUGUGAGCUUGCAUUUAUGGGAUGUCAAACGACAGGUUACUCCCUUGACAUGGCUUGAAGCCUGGCUUGACAACGUCAUGGCAAAUGUGCCUGAGGUGGCCAUUUGUUAUCAUCAAGAUGGUGUUGUUCAGGGCUAUGAGCUUCUGAAAACAGAUGAUAUAUUUCUGCUAAAAGGUAUCUCUGAGGAUGGCACUCCUGCUUUCCAUCCUUAUGUUGUCCAGCAAAAUGGCCUCUCUGUUUUUAGGUUUCUUCAGGAAAACUGCAAGCAAGAUCCUGGUGCUUAUUGGCUAUAUAAAAGCACUAGUGAAGAUGCACUUCAACUUUUUGAUCUGUCUGACAUGCCAAAGAACCAUUCCUCUGGCAAUUGUGAUGAUAACUCUAGCAGACUGCCAUCUCUGUUGCAUAAUGGGAGAAGUGAUUCUUUCUUUUCAUUGGGAACUCUCCUUUAUCGGAUUGCUCACAGACUUUCACUUUCCAUGGCUCCUAAUGACAGGGCAAAAUGUGCAGUGUUUUUCAAAAAAUGUCUGCAAUUCCUGGACGAGCCUGAUCAUCUGGUUCUGCGUGCAUUGGCUCAUGAACAAUAUGCAAGGCUCAUUCUGAAUUAUGAUGAAGAACUGAAAUUGACUUCUGACUGUGUUCCUGUUGGAUAUGAAGUUACUGUUAUUGAUGCUGAUGAUGAAUCCUUCAAUUCCAGUAAUAUUUUUUCAGAGUCAGCUGUCCGUGAAAGUUUUUCCUCUGUACUUGUUGAAGAGGAACCAACUGAAGAUAGUUUUCAUGAUUUAGUACCAGAAACUUAUGUGAAUAUGACUUUGGAGGCAAAUGUUUCUACUAACAGAGAACUGAUUGGAUCAACUGAUUUUCAAUUGGGUGAUGCUGAACGAACCCUGUUAGGAUCCAAGGAUGAUGAAAAUUUGGCAGUGUGCAAAAUGUCUGCAACAUCUCGACAUGUGGUUCAAACUGUUACUGAUCCAAUAUCCUCUAAGUUGGCUGCAGUACAUCAUGUCUCACAAGCCAUCAAGUCCCUCAGAUGGAUGCGUGAGGUGCAGAGCACUGAACCAGAAGUUGUUUUCCAGGAGAGUAGUUCUCAUGAUAGGCCAUCCUUGUCCAUGAACUUUUCUGUUUGUGCAUGCGGUGAUGCUGAAUGUAUUGAAGUUUGUGACAUAUGGGAAUGGCUCCCAACAUCAAAACUGGAUAACAAAAUGUGGAAACUCGUUCUAUUGCUAGGGGAGUCUUAUUUGGCUCUUGGAGAGGCUUAUAAGGAGGAUAAGCAACUGCAUCAAGCUCUGAAGGUUGUAGAAUUGUCAUGUUCAAUGUACGGAUCCAUGCCACAACACCUGGAAGAUACGCAGUUCAUUUCAUCGAUGGUAAGGUACUCAUCAUCUCCAAAUAGAUUUAAUGAUAUGAAUGAGAAGCCAAGGUCAUAUAUUGGUGAUGCGAAAGAGGUGAACUCCUGCCCAAAUGAUGAUUGUCUCACUUUGGAUCGAUGCUCUUCCACAGACCUCUUUUGGGCCAAGGCAUGGAUAUUAGUGGGCGAUGUUUAUGCCGAGUUUCAUAUUAUAGAGAGUAAAGAAAGCUCAACACAAUCUGAAAGGAAACAAUCCUUCAGGGAGUUGAAAGUUCCGUCUGAGAUUGUGAAAGAAGUCAAAAGGUUGAAGAAGAAGCUGGGACAAUAUGGCCAGAAUUGCAGCUCGUGUUCACUAGUGAAUUGCAGUUGCAAGAGUGAUAGGGCCAAUAGUGGUAGCAGCGCAAGCAGUAGCAGUGGAGAUAUGCGAUCAGUUGGCAGAAAGCAUAGUAAAAAAUCUCAUGGUAAAAGUUCUUUAUUCUCGCUUUUGGAGGACCGUGAAAAUGACCAUGUUCAUCCAAAUACAAAGCAUUUUGAUAGUCAAUGUUUGCUCCACAGCAAAGAUGGUAAUACCCAAAGUGACGCUUCUGAAAUAAUAGGGGACAGAGUUGAUGUAAAUGCCUUGCGAGCUAACGGUUGGGGAAGACUGGAUGGUUCUCCAGAAAUGCAAGAUGCAGAUUCAUCAGUGACUUCUCAUACUGAAAUUGCUUCGAGAGUAACAUCUAAAGCAAAUGAUGGUGGGAUUUUUAAGUAUCUUAAGGGUCCUUUAGUUGGAGAUCCAGAACACAAUCUUUUAGAUGCUCUAAGAUGUUAUGAAGAAGCAAAAAAUACGCUGGGUGUUCUUCCUUCUGGUUCAGCAGAAGUACAAUCUGUCAACAAAAAGAGAGGUUGGGUUUGCAAUGAACUGGGUCGAAUUCGACUUGAAAGGAAGGAUUUGAUGAAAGCUGAACUUGCAUUUAAAGAUGCUAUAAACUCAUUCAGGGAGGUUUCUGACCAUACCAACAUUAUAUUGAUCAACUGUAAUUUGGGCCAUGGUAGACGAGCAUUGGCUGAAGAAAUGGUAGCGAAGCUUGGACAUCUGAAAACGCAUUCAAUUUUCCAUAAUGAUUGUAAACAAGCUCUGGAGAUUGCAAAACUGGAAUACAGCGAAUCACUCCGAUUCUAUGGUGCAGCAAAGUCUGAAAUUAAUGAUUUUGCCAAUGAGGGGGAUCCUGUGUUUAAUAGCUUGAGGAAUGAAGUAUACACUCAGUUUGCCCAUACAUAUUUGAGACUUGGCAUGCUUUUGGCUGGAGAAGACGUAACUGCAAAGGUUUUUGAAAAUGGCGCCUUGGAGGAUACUUCCGUAGGUUGUAGUCCUCGUAGUGGCAGAAGAAGUAGGAGAGAAUUGAGAAAGCGUGAGAUUUCAGCUAAUGACGCCAUUCGGGAGGCAUUGGUUGUGUAUGAGUCACUCGGUGAUUUACGCAAACAGGAAGCUGCAUAUGCAUAUUUUCAGCUUGCGUGCCACCAAAGGGAUUCCUGCUUGAAGUUGUUGGAGUCAAAUUGGAGGAAGAGCAGCUUGCCGAAGGGUGAAAAUGUCAUUCCUCAGCGAGUUAAGCAGUAUGCAUUGUUGGCUGAGAGGAACUGGCAAAAAGCAAUGGACUUCUAUGGCCCAGAGACGCAUCCAACCAUGUACCUGACCAUCCUCAUGGAGAGAUCUGCGCUUUCAUCAAGCCUUUCGAACACUUUACACUCAAAUGCAAUGAUGGAAUCGGCUCUUUCUCGCCUGCUUGAAGGACGAUACAUUCCUGAAACAACAUCAGCUUCGUUUAAAAAUAAUUAUCCCGAGGUACAUGCAAAAUUUUGGAGUCAGCUGCAAAUGCUUUUGAAACAAAUGUUGGUUGUUGCACUCUCCUCCAACACAAACAAAUCUUCUGCCUCCAAUGCAACGUCAGUAUCAAACAGGUUUGGAGAUACUGGAAACCUCAGGGAACUUUAUAAAAUGUCUUUAAAGUCCACAGAAAUGAGUGACUUACAAGCUAUGCAUGCAUUAUGGGCAUCAUAGUCAGAAGCAAAAUCCGAUUUGUACGAAGAAUCAUUCAUGCACUGGUCUCUAAUCUCUAUAGUUCACAUCGUAGUUGAAGUUCAACUAUUUUCGUGAAGUUUGUUGAUGUAUUGUUGAAGUUAGCUUCAAUCAGAUUGUUUUUGAUGUACUGCUUGGAGUCAUCAAAAUAUCAGUUUGUCAAGAAUGAAACUUUAAGGUGGAUUCAAGCGUAGGCAUGUGUUCAUUUCAAGGUAAAAGGAUUCAGGGACACCACAGAUGACGUAGAGGUGCCUACACUCUUCAACCGUUCAACGUGAUGGAGUCGUUGCCGGCGGAGUAACAGGCCUCUGGAGAUGUGAUGUUGCAGGCCUGGAAGUCAUGGUGUUUCAUUUGCAUGACAUAUUCGCAUUAUGGAACUACUUGUAUUCAGAAAUUGCAUCUGCAUGCAAUUAAUUGUCAGUAUAUAUGUAUGGGCUUCUAAGGCUAUUCUGGAAGCAGAUUUUGAUGCUUGACCGAGUAAUUGCUUUCCAUAAUUCUGGCUUUGCAAUC